AGAAAAGAAAAAAGAAAAGAAAUUGAUAGGACAGUUGAAAUUGGCCGCUGUCAGCAGAGAGGAGUGCCUGGGCCCCUGAGACGAGCACUGCCCAGGGGAUCAGGAAAGGGUCACUUUAUUUUUGGGCUCUUCCUGAGAGUCCAGCAGGAAUUCAGAGAGAAUUUCCCAGCAAGGAUAAACAGGUAAGGAGACCUACAGGAUCAUGGUAGGUGGCGGUUAAGUGCUGCACGUUGGUGACACGGGGUCUGUGAUAAGCAGCUGGGGGUGUGCUUUUGAGUUGCGGCCUGAGUGGUGGAGCACCUGUGUGCGGAGGGGAAGUUGGUGGUUGAGGUGGUCAGUGAGCUGCGCUUACUGAAAGUGUGGACUUUGACGUUUUGGCCUAGGAGUCCACCCAUGUCACAGUGAAGACAGUGGACGUGUCCGUGGCUCCCCAAAGCCUCACCCUGCCCUGCACAGCGCUCCCCUCCUGCCCCCAGGCCCCAGGCAGCCACUGAUAAAGUUUGGGUCACUCAAGACUGGUUUGCACUUUCUAGAAAUUUUUAUAGCUAGAGUCACACAGGUUGCACUAUUCUGUUUCCUGGCAUCUUAGUUAUUUUGAGAUUCCCCUGUGCUGUGGUGUGUCCUGGUUCGUACCUUUGUAUUGCUAAGGAACACCUGCUUUGUAGCUGCUGAGAUCUUCGUAUGGGGUCAUGGAUUUAGACUCCUUCCCUCUCCCCUCAGCAGGACCUGUGAUUUGCUAGGACUGUUUGCAGUGGUCUAAGGGACAAACGCUGGAAGACACACGGACUCACCUGCCUCACUUAGUGAAGGGGUUCCGUGUUCACCCCUCCUUCUGCCCAGGGCUGACUGAGCGUCUCGUAGCCACUGGCGAGGGCAGUGUGAUGGUGUUGUGGGCAGGCGGGGGCCCAGCUCCUCUGUGUUCUGUGGUUUUUUGGGAUGUAUGUUGAGCUGUAUUUGUUAAUUUUCAGUCUGUGUUGUGCCUGUUUCACUGGAUGCCUGUAUUGGCGCUGUAACGUUUAGCAGCUGUGUAUCCAAUUAAUCUAGUACCUCUUAAUUCCACAGGGGAGUGUAAAUAACUACCUUCUGGUUCAUGGGAGUAUAAUGCAGUUGGUUAAGACUGAGAUCCAAUUGAUACAGCUCUCGUUACCUGGUGGGUAGAAGAUACCUCCUCUAAUCUCUGCGAGGUCUUGAUUAAAUCACCUCUGCUUCUGUUCUGAGUGCUAGAAGAGCUUCCUGCUUUCGGUUUCUGUGACGAUCUGAGAAUACACUCGGGAUUUGUCAGUUAAUCAGCCUCUGGGAUUCUGGCUGUUUUUAAUGACAUUGCUUUGGCAGGAGGACUUAGGGCUGUAGCCCUGCAGUUUUCUGUGCCGCUGUCUGGGAGGCGAGAAUGUUGUGGGUAAGGUGCAGGCCUGGCCUGGUAGAGCAGGGUUCUUCCCUGGCUACACCCAGUGUGUUUGGUGUGAGAUCAGGAUAGGCAGUGGCCGUAUAAUUGAGAAGGUAGGAGAGAGCCCCCAGAGAGCCUGCCAGGUGCAGACAGCAUCGGCCCCUGGGUUUUCUCUGUGCUGGUCUCUGCCCAAGUCCUGAGCCAGCAGCCGAGUGCAUCUCUGUGGGGUCGCAGGGUCCUGGGCGCCCGCCUGUCCCAAGACGUAGGAGUCACUGUUACUGUUAUCUGUGCUUCUGCGGUCUUGUGAGCUCAGGAGCAAGUGAGUCCACGCUGCUCAUCCAUCAAGUAUAUACAGUAAGUGCUGCCCGCCUAGUGGAUAGAAUACAUUGCUACGCUUCUUGUGUUUAUUUAAAAUUACAAUUAUUUUAAAAGCUUUAAGCCAUUAGGGAAGAGGGAAGAUAGAUAUUAACUGCUAUAUUCUUUAAAAUUAAAAAGAUUGUUUUUCAAGACCAGAGAAACAGAUGGGAGAGAGGAAGAGAGGGUGAGGGAGAAGGAGUGGAAAAGGAGAGAUACAGAGGCUGAGGGACAGACAGGGAGAGUUCCUGUCUGUUGAUUCAUUCUCCAGAUACCCAAAGUGACCAGGACUGGGCCUGGGGAACACAGUCCAGAUCCUCCACGUGGUGGUAGGGACCCUGCAUCCCAGGAGCAGGAAGCUGGAGCGAGGACCCGGAAACCGGAAUUGAAGCAGGCACUGCGGUGUUGGUUUUUAAGUCUUUGGGUUUUGCGUUCUUGUUUAUUCCCCUGCGGCUGCUCCCUAGGUGCCUUUCUGUUCAGUUGCGCAGUCUGCAGGUGAAAUCCACAGUGCUCAUUGUUCGUUGCGUCCGUCUUUGACAGAGACUCUAGCGCCAGCUUCGUUUCUCCCUGACGAGUCGCAGCACAGGCGUGUUCCCUGAACGAGCUGUAGACCGUGAUUGGUUGAGUUCUGUCACUGGUCACCCCACUGGGACUUGGAGAGGGUCUCGUUUCUCUUGAAGCAGAUGGCAGCCUCGUUGCUGGACAGAGUCAGGGUUUCGCUACAAGGAUGUCGUCUGCUGCCCUGGGCCGUCUGGAAGCUCACUGCAUCCUAGUGCUGGCAGGGCCGCCUCGGCCUUGGCGGGGGCUGUAGAGCCUUCUGCCGGCUUUACCGCUUCCUGUCUCUUCCCACUUCCCGUGGGUGCUGCAGCACAUACACAGCGUGAGAGCAUGCGGCUCCCGCACGUCCACGCUGCCCCUUCAGCCCAGCCAGUCUGCACGUCUGCUCCAAUGCCAGGGUGCCUGUUCCCUUGAUGCUACGGUCAACUUCGUAGUGUGCCAACUCUUUGCCUUGCUGGCAGCCAUCUGGUUUCGAACUUACCUGCACGCAAGCAGAACCAGCUCCUUUAUAAGACAUGGAAUCGCUACCCUUUUGGGUCUUUAUCUUGCACUGUUUUGCUUUGGAUGGUAUGCCUUACAUUUCCUUGUGCAAAGUGGAGUCUCCUACUGCAUCAUGGUCAUCAUAGGAGUGGAGCGCAUGCACAAAUAUUGUUUUGUGUUUGCUUUGGGAUACCUCACAGUGUGCCAAAUUACUAGAGUCUAUAUCUUUGAUUAUGGACAAUAUUCGGCUGAUUUUUCAGGCCCCAUGAUGAUCAUCACCCAGAAGAUCACCAGCCUGGCCUACGAAAUCCACGAUGGGAUGUUCCGGAAGGAUGAAGAGCUGACGCCGUCACAGAGGGGUUUAGCUGUAAGGCGCAUGCCGAGCCUGCUGGAGUAUCUGAGUUACAACUGUAACUUCAUGGGGAUCCUGGCAGGCCCGCUCUGCUCUUACAAGGACUACAUCACCUUCAUUGAAGGCAGAUCCUACCAGAUGGCACAGUCUGGAGAAGACGGCAAAGAAGAAGCGCAGUGUGAGAGGACAGAGCCGUCCCCGAACGUCGCGGUCGUGCAGAAGCUUGUGGUCUGCGGGCUCUCCCUGCUGUUCCACCUGACUGUCUCCUCAUCCUUGCCGGUGCAGUACAACAUUGAUGAGCAUUUCCAGGCGGCGGCGGCGUGGCCGGCCAAGGUUGCCUACCUGUAUGUCUCGCUUCUGGCUGCCAGACCCAAGUAUUAUUUUGCAUGGACGUUAGCGGAUGCUAUUAAUAACGCUGCCGGCUUUGGUUUCAGAGGAUAUGACAGAAACGGAGCCGCGCGCUGGGACUUGAUCUCCAACUUGAGAAUUCAGCAGAUAGAGAUGUCAACAAGUUUCAAGAUGUUUCUGGAUAACUGGAAUAUUCAGACAGCUCUUUGGCUCAAAAGGGUGUGUUAUGAACGAGCCUCCUUCAGUCCGACUAUCCAGACGUUCUUUCUCUCUGCCAUUUGGCAUGGGGUCUACCCAGGAUAUUACCUAACGUUUCUAACAGGGGUCUUAAUGACAUUAGCAGCACGAGCUAUGAGGAACAACCUUCGCCAUCACUUCCUCGAACCUCCCCAGCUUAAGUUAUUUUACGACGCUGUAACCUGGAUGGUGACUCAGGUAGCGAUCAGCUACACGGUGGUGCCGUUCGUGCUUCUGUCCAUAAAGCCUUCCUUCUCGUUCUACAGCUCCUGGUAUUACGGCCUGCACAUUGCGUGUAUCUUAGUACUGUUGUUGCUGCCAGUGAAGAAAACUCAGAGAGGAAAGAGUACACAUGAGAACGUUCCGCUCUCUCGAUCCAAAAAGUCUGACGGAAGUGAAAAUUCUUUGGGCCAGAACAGUUUCUCCACCACAAACAAUAUUUGCAGCCAGACUCGAGGAACGACCUCCAGACACUCGUUGCUGAAGCAGUGACCGGGAGCCUCCGCUGGCCGCGCGUUGGGGACAGACGCCUGGCGUAGCACCUGUCCCAGGAGAAAGGGGCUGGGGGAUGGGACAGUGGUAGAGAGGGGAUUUCCGGGUGAGCAGAUGGGAGCGCAGUGCAGCAGCCCCUCCCACGCCGUCCCUGCGGCCACGCCUCCCUGGUCCUUCCCUGUCUCACGGGGGCUCUGCCUCGCACAGCGCCCCACGUGGGCCCCACCGCUGACUGUGCGUUGUGUACCCCAGGCGCUGAAGAGGUGGACGGCUAAUCGGGUCGGUCUGGGUGACUGGGAGAAAUUAACUUUUCCAAACGAACGUCUUGCCUUAAACCCUGUCUUUCCUGAACUCUUGUUCCUACAUGGUAUUUUCAUGUGUAAAAUUGUGAGAACACUAUUUCAAUAUUUGGUGUUGUGCGCUGUAAAGGAAUUUGAACAGGAUAUUUGAGAUCACUGAUACUUGAAAACAUGCAAUAACAUCUCAGUAUUUGAGGAGGGCUUUUCUCAAGGCAGCCCCAGCGAGAGAGCCCGCGGCCAGGCGCAGGCAUGGGGCCUGCUCUGCUGGGCCGCUCAUCAGCCGUGCCAGUCGGAGCACCCUCCCAGCAGGAAUUGUUGAAGUUACUUAGGGUGGUCAUGUGGUAUUUUAAGCUGCUUUUCCUGGAAACCUAGAAGGUGACUAAGGCAGGCAGGAGUGAGGUGGUCCAGAGCUUCGGCACAGGCCGCCCGCCGUGGUGCUGUUCCGGGGCGUUACUGGGACUGUUAGCUUCACAGCUUCGUAAUGCUUGGUAAUGGACUUCGAGCAUAAAUCAUAUAUAAUUAGAGAUUAAGAGAGUGAUAGUGGUAGAUUGUUCGGGGUUUUGAAAGAGAAAUCUCCAGGUACCUUUGUUGUCUGAUCAGUUUCUUACCUGACACUAAUUUGUAUUUGGGAAGGUUUUAGGGAAAUACAAACUUAGUCAUUGAAUCGAACUUUUUUUUCUUUUUUGAAAAUAUUAUAAAUUUGUUUUUGAACUCUUCUCACAUUAAAAUGUUGCUGUUAACUCUUGUUAAAAUUAGUUGUAGAUUCUGUAAGUAGAAAAAUGUGCUUUCGUCUGAUGGGCCGUUUUGCCCGCAGUUGAGGCAGCCUUGCAUUGGCAGGUGUCUCCUUCAGCCCCCGGGGUUGUGUGGCUGUAGCAGGUGCGAGCCUGGAAGCCAGUCGGUGGUCAGUCACCCACUAAGGAACAGGAGGGGCGGGGCCUCUAACUUUCACUGUUAUCUGACCAAUCUUUUGUGCAAUUUAUUUUCUUUUUGCCUUAAAUUUUUUUAGUGAGAUGCAAAUUGUCCAUGAUGAGUUUAUUUGCUUUUUGUCACUAAUAAAUUUUGCAAGUGAAGUUGAGGACAGAAAAAGCAGGCUGGCAUAGGCUGUGUGGUAUCUCACUUAAAGAAGGCAGCGAAUGCAUUCAGAACCUUUGAGGUCGUAAUCAGCAAACAUGUCAGCGUUUCGCUGCAGAACUUCCGAAAUCAAGAUGGCCUGAUUCUUCUGACGGCAGAGUUCCCUGCGUGAUGCGUUUGAUUAACCGUCUCUGCCUCCCGGGAAAGGAGGAACAGCUAAAUACAUGCUGUUGUCCUGCUGAAGUUAACAUGGCUGCGUAGAGAGCAUGGACAAGGUUGUCCCUGGGCGGGGGUGCACCCCAGGACGUCUCCCCGCUGUAGCCAGUGCUGCCAAGAACCCUGUCCCUGUUGGAAAGGACAGGGACCGGCCCAGGCGCGUCCUCAGUGAAAACCAGGACGGUUAGUAAGAAUUCGUGGCAUUUGAUGGCUGAGCCCGUCUGGCCACCGUUUCUUUCCGUUUCCUGAAUAUGUCUGUGUCAGCCGCUAAACCGAGAUCAGCCACCUGUUUCUUGUUCAGUGAGCAGAAAGCGAGAUUUGUUAUCCGUUUUCCAUUUACUUUGAAAACAAUUAGUGACACAUCCAGUAUGAUUUUCGUCUUCCUGAAACACUGGUUUUAUUCUUGUGAAAAGGCUGUUGGCCAGCUCUCUGCUAGCUUCUAGAAGCGGUGACCACAGGUGACAGUCUGGACGGGGGGCCGAGGGAGGAGCGUGGCCGUCAGCUUGGCUUUUCUCCUCGGGAGGUUCCUGUGCCCGAGCUGCGUGUUCUGCAUGGGGUGGGCAGGCUCGCUGGCUCGGCUUGCGGCGGGAUGUGCACCUGGGACGCGUGUUGGUGCUGGUGUCCCCCGUGAGGGGUCGUGAAGUCACAGGCGCUCGCUCGGCAGCUCUCGGGGGACAGAUCAGCGGAAGUACCCUUGCCCCUCGGCAAGCAUGGCGUGAUGCCGGCUGUCGCCGUCUGGAAGGGGCUCGGUCUGGUUUUAAGAGCAUUCAUUGCUCGUGGAAGGCAGGGCGCCUGAGGAAAUCCACUCAGCUUCUAAAGGCAGCAGAGGACGGCCCGCUGUCGGCCGUGGUUUCUGCCCGGCGCCGCCUGCGAGGGCUCGCUCUGGGCCCUGGCUGACAGCGGCGCGCCCGGCCGGGCGGGGAGCAGGCCCGCAGAGCAGCUGCGAACCCGCGGCCGCGCGUACCCGAGCUUCCAGCCCUGACUUCCACUGGCUGUGAGGCCGCAGUCCGGGCCCCGAGGCAUGGCCGCGCCGGCUCCUCCUGAAGCUCUGCCCGCGCGAUCCUCUCUGCUGCCCCGGGGCUCCUUUGGCUUUCUGCGUGUUCGCUCUGCUGUGGAGGGUGGAGGAGUUCCGUGCCCGUGAAUAUGUUUAUGAAUCGCUGCUGGAGAGGGUUCACCGCCGCAUAGCUCCGCACAGAUCGUUCCUUCAGAGAUACUAAGACAACACCUGGUGUAUCUCUACCUUGCUUUAAGCUACUUUAGGCAACAAUUAAAAAAUUUGCCCUUGAAAUAACUUAAAAAUUAAUUUUUUUAUUUGAGGUGUAGAUUAUCCUUUCAGGACAAAAAGCUUCCGUCUUUGAAAUGCACGCCUGGUCGAUGAUUCACCUGUGUGUUCAGGGCAGAGCUGGGCGUUGAAACUUUUUUGUUUCCUUGUUUCCAGUUGCUCAGUAAUUAAAAGGUAAUUGUUUUUAGAGUUCUGCCUUAUAAUUGAAAGAAAAAAAAUUGAGAGAAUAAUGUUUCAGAACGGUGCCUGUUGAGCUGUGGCAGCCAAGGAUUUGUCCGGACCUUAGGUGGGAGCCAGCGCUGCGGGGGGCGCUGCUGGGCCCCAGCUGCAGUCAGGAACCAGCGCUGUGGGGGUGCUGCUGCCCCCCGGCUGCGGGCCACUGUGAGACGCCGCCUCCCUGCCCUCCAAGGCCUGCGGGUCGCUCUGCACUGCCCGUGGAUGCCGGGGUUCCGUGCGCGGCAGCCUGCACCGUGCGGUUCCUGUGCUCACGGCGCUCCGGAUCUGAGUUCUGAAGAUGAGACUGGGGUUUCUACAGCGUUGUCACUGUGUAGUCAAAUCUACUUGUAGUCGCUCUCAUUAGAGAAGAAAACUUACGAUGGACUUUCCACACUGACGUUCUGUAGAAGUGCUCUGCUCCAUGGUCAGGCUGCUCUUCGGGGGGCUGUUGCACAGGGGGUGCAGCCAGUUGCAUUUUAAUUGGCAGGCUGCGCAAUCCUGACUUUAUAUGUUUUAGCAUAAUAUUUAUUUUAGUAGGUUUUUAACAUGGUGCAAACCCCAGUGAAGAGUUGGUAAGCCCGAUAGGUCCCUGCUCGAGAGAACUUCCUGAAACGGAACCUGGAGACACAUUUUUACGCCAGUUUGUCUUGCCUUUAAGACAGAUUCUAACUCCUUUAAGUACAACUUUUAUAAAGCUCUCCCCAGACUCUGUUCUGAUAAGAUGGAUCCACACAGAGCCACCGCCUGAGCUUACUCAGCGAUACGUAGCCAUCUCCCCAGCCACGCUUUAUCACACUUCACUACUAUAAAAAGAAACGCAAAUACAAUGAAAAAAAGAAAAAAUUCCAGAGCCGCAUAAGCAGAGUGAUGUUCCGAUCUCUUAGUAGCCUCGUGGGGCUGGAGAAGCGGCGGCUGCCGUCGGCUGGCGUCCCCAGUGGCUGCCCGCUGCCCCCCGGGUUAGCUGUGAGGAGCUGGUCUGCUGCAUCCCUUUCUGUCCUUUUCCGUGAAAGAGCCAGCGCCCGCGUAGGGAGUCCGCGCUCACUUGGAGGUCGCGCCUCCGUCCCAGGUGCGGGAACCCGGGACCUGUGAACACGGACUUGUCCACGGACGUGCAUUUCCUUUUGGCUUCUUAUCAUGAGGAAGAAGGGAUCAGAGAAGCGCCCCAGCCCGUCCUGCCCGUCGGACACCUGUGUGACUGCGGCUCCAAGCCGGAAGGGGCGGGUGUACGGCCGCGGCCACAGCAAGGGAGGAAGCGGUGCGGUGGAUGGAGCUCCUGCGCGGAGUGCCGGUGCGGGUGUGGGUGCGCGGUCCGUCCUGCCCUGGGGAGCCACACCUGACCUCUGCCUGCAGCCUUCAGAGGGAGCGGGUCCUACAGCUGGUCUUCGGGUCGGGAGGCCGAGUGCUGCUCCGUGCUUUUGUUUUAUUAUUCUAGAAUAUUUUUUUACAAGAAGUGUUAUUUUUCAACAGGUCCGCAGAUCCGUCCUUGCGUGGCGAGUCAGAGCGGCCCGGGGCAGGGACGCUGUGAGGCGCUCGUGUCGUACCCACUCCUUUCCAGUCGCUCCUCGGGGCUGCGCGCUGGCUUCGUGCUGGGUUUUAGAGGUGUUUUUAACUUACAUGUAAGUGGGUUUUUUUUCUAAUUUCUGUGUCUUUAAAACUGAUUAAACGAUAGUUUAAACAUA